AAACAUCUCUUGUGUAAUAUCAACAAUUACUACAAGGGAGUAAAAAGUGUUACUAGAAAGAUUUAUUAAAUCUCUUCUCGAAACCAAAUUUCCUCCAGAUUUCUUGAGCGUCUAUUAUGAAAACAAAUUACAUAUAUUAACAUUAAUUUAAAUUAAUAUUCAGGGAUAUCCUUUCUGAAAUAAAAAAAAAUAUUUGAAGGAUUCUACACGCAGUCAUAAAUCAAAAUAAAUAAAAAAGAUAUAUGAUAUUUUUCAUUGUUUUAAAGUAAUUUAACCCUGAAACUAUAUGGGUAAAGUAAGUUUUUAAAAUACAUUAGUCAUCCGUUAUCAACUUCACGAUUAUUUAAAUAAUAUAGCAAAAACAACAGCCGAUAUACACAAACGUGCACCUACGAAUUCUAUGCGAUUGCAAAAAUUUAUUAUUCAUUCGCUAUUGUUACUAGUAAAUAUUGUGUAUUGGUGUAUUUUUGAAAUUGUUUCAACUCGUUGUUUAGUGGUUGUAAUCUGUAUUUAUGUACCAGCAAUUCAGCUAAUUGCGUUAUUACGUUCGUUGCUUUUCCGGAAUAAACAACAUAUAACACACAAGUGGAAAAUGAUGGUCAAAAGUGCAGUUGUUACUUUAAUAGGUUUGAUAUUUAUAGUAGAAAAUGUAUCAAGCCGACCGUUUUUAGAUGAAGAAUCAGACCCUCGUACUAUUUGUUUCUAUCUACAAUGUCCUGAGGGAACAGUAUUGUGUGGGAAACGAUCAGAAGUAAGUUCAGUAGAUUCCAGCAAAUUAAAUGUUGAAGUGCAAUGCUACGAUGACAACGGGCAUAUUUUAACAUCGAAGAACAGUACUGCGGAUAAUCCUUACGGACCACAUGUUUAUUACAAAGGUACCAAACUAUCCGGAAUUAUAACAAUACAAUAUCCUUUUGAAGAUGAUGAAGGUGUAGGCCGGAAUUCUGAAUCUGAUAAAAUUCCUAAGUCGAAACCCCAAAGUGAAAUAGACGACUUGAACUCCAAAUAGGAGCAGUAAAACUGUUAUAUAAUUAUUUUGUAUAAUUUUGUGAUAUAUAGAUUUAGAUUUAUUGUUGUUUCGGUAUCAUUUUAUACGUUUUUAUGUUGAAAUAAAUUUCGUUUCGACUGUU